CUCAAUUACGACAGUGUUUGGGAACCGAGCGAAGGAUCCAGUCGCGCUGGGGUUUCGCUCUCCACAACUGAUAGUGCAAGGCGACAAGACUUGCCCAGAGUACGGGGGUUGGCUUCCCACCAUAGACGUUCGGGGUUUUUAACCGUAAAAGCAUUGCAAGUGCAAGUAGAAAUGCCACAUUAUGCUGGUCCGCGGGCAAUCGGAGUUGGGGACGAGCGUGGUAGAUCCGUGAAGUCAGCAUGAUUUGCGUCGCGCUGCUCACUCAUUACAACAAAUGAAAUAUAUAGCUGCCCAAAGAAGAUUUUUGCCGAAGCGAAAAACCCGGGUCGAAAACUCGUCGGCGGGGAGACUGAAGCUUGAAGAAGAUGAAGACUUCCUUUUUCCCUCUCAAGAAAUUAAGACGAAAUGUCAAGUAUCUGUUCUUCGUUGCCGUGCUAAUGACUGGAGUUUUGGCUGCCUAUUUACAAUUCGUCGCAACAACAAAUACAUGGAACGACGAUAUCCAACUCAGUCCUUGGAAUGAGGUGAAUCCCUCCUACCGGCAUGCGGCAGAGAGAGAGCUUCCUAAAGACAGUGUGGCAGUGCAGACUCAGGGCAGUCCCCAGGUGUCGGGGUUCAGAACCCAGCCGUGGAGGCCCGAGUAUAAAGGCCAGGCGAAUUUGCACAUUUUUGAGGACUGGUGUGGCAGCUCCACUGCGCAGCUCCGGAAGAACCUGCACUACCCUCUAUAUCCCCACUCGCGGACCACGGUGAAGAAGCUGGCGGUGUCACCCAGGUGGACCAACUACGGCCUGCGGAUCUUCGGCUACCUCCACCCCCACAAGGACGGCGAGUACGUGUUCGCUGUGGCCUCCGAUGACAACUCUGAGCUGUGGCUGAGCCUGGAUGACAGCCCCCUCAACCUGCAGCUGCUGGCUCACGUGGGCAAGACCGGCGCAGAGUGGGCAGCCCCAGGGGAAUUUGGGAAAUACGCCAGUCAGAUGUCUCGCCCAGUACAGCUAACGGCAGCAAAGCGAUAUUUCUUUGAAAUCAUCCACAAGCAGAACGAUCGAGGCACCGACCACGUGGAAGUAGCGUGGCGACUGAACCUGAGCGGGACGAGGUUUUCCGUCAUCCAGUCCGAGUACAUAUCCCUUUACACGAAUGAGUCAGCCCUGCUGAUGAGCGAGGUCGAUCACAUCCCGCAGACGGCUGCCAGUCACGUGAGGACCCCCGGAGAGAGCCCCGGGGCCCCUGUGGGCGGGGCAGACAUGCUGAGGGAGGACCCCCGCGACAGCCUGCAUCAGCUUCCUCUUAUGGACGAGAGAUACUUACAGAACAUCCUGCCCGACUGCUCCUACAAGCCCAGCUACAUCAUCAAGGGCUUCCCCCUGCUGAGGUACCAGGGCCUGCAGUUUGUCCACAUGUCCUACGUCUACCCAAAUGACUACACCCGACUGACACACAUGGAGACUGAUAACAAGUGCUUCUAUCACGUGAAUCCUUCGUACAUAGAAAGGUUUGGGUUUUAUAAAUACAUGAAGAUGGAUAUGCCUGAAGGUUAUGAAGAUGGACGUAUACUGUGGGACAAGCAAGAGUUUAACUUCAAGGGAAAAUUGCCUCCGGACAAUUAUGAGGACAUCCAAUACGAAGACGUGCUGGUGGACGACCCCGAAGCGGGAGAGGCCGAGGACGAGAACGAGAUCCAGGAGAGGCCCAACGACCUGCCUGAUUACGGCGACGACUAUGACGACUACGCCUUCAAACGGAGGCGGAAGCUGUUCUCCGUGCCCCUAGCAAAGGGAGAGGCACUUGCGAGGAAGGCGAAGAGGAGGGCCAAGGUCCACACACAGGGUCCUGAGGAAGCACCAGCACAAGGCCCUCGCCCUGGUACAAAGCAGGACCCGCCAGUCAAAGUGAAGAAGAGUGAAAAAUCCAGAAAGAAAAAGGUCAAUCCAAAUGAGGGAUCCAAGCAUUCACAGCCUGAGCUUGUCCAUCAGCAAAGGAAUGCAUCUGGGUCUGUUCAGAUUCACAAGCAGAAGGCUGUGGCUCCGAUCCAAGUAGCUAGAAAGAACAGCAGUCAAUCAGAGAGCCUCUUAGGUGUUGAUGGAGGGAAAGCCAAGGCGGCUGUGCCAGACAAGCACAGCAGCGUUAAAAACCAGACGUUUCGGCACAACACCACGCAGCCCCUGCCUCCGCCCGCCGCUGCCGUACGGGCGACCCUUCAGCCCUUCCCGGUCCCUCACGCGAACCGCCUGGGGUCACGGUCCAACAUGACCGCCCUGCGGCGAGAGAGCAAGGACGAUGCUGUGAAGAGCGGCCACCGGCCGGGCAACAAGAGAAAGGAGCCGGGAGGGAACGAGGCGGGCGAGAAGGCGGAGCCGGAGCUGGACAACGCCAUCCACCGCGCCCUGGACCCGCCCCCGGGGAGGCGGCGGAAGGAGGAGACGGGCGCCCGGCUCACCUCAGACCUCGAGGCGGACAUCCGGAGGCUGUGGGGGCUGGGGCGCGGGUCGGAGGUGGAGACGGACGACGAGGAUGGCCUCAAGGACGAGGUGACGGAGCAGGCCGUCUUCGACCCUGAGGUCAACUGGGGGCAGACCUUCGACGUGGACCCGCAGGACUUCCACACGCACCGCUCGGACUGGAUCGACCUGCGCUGCAACGUGUCAGGCAACCUGAUGCUGAGCCCCGCCGACGCGCUGGCCGUGGUGGACGGCUUCAUGAAGAAGCUGAACGAAAGGCAUCCAGGGCUCUUCUCCCUGCUGAAGGUAGUGAACGUGGAGAAGCGGGUGGACGUGUCUCAGGGCAGCCGGUACCUGCUGGAGCUGGAGCUGCAGGAGAAGGGCGGGCGGCGGGUGCGUCUCUCCCGCUACGUCUACCUGCUCCACCGGCGCAGCCGCCCGCGGGCCCUGGGGCUCAACCCCCCCAGAGAGGAGAUGCUGCUCUGCAACCCCUUGGGCCUGUCCUGGAACCCCUCCGCCACCGUCCACUUCAUCGUCCCAGUGAAGAACCAGGCCCGCUGGGUCAGGCAGUUCAUCGUGGACAUGGAGGAGCUGCACAGAAACACAGGGGACAAAAACUUCAACGUCAUCAUCACCGACUACAGCAGCACGGACAUGGACGUGGAGCAGGCACUGAAGGACUCGGCCUUGCCCAGGUAUGAGUACGUGAAGCUGAUGGGAAACUUUGAGCGCUCGGCAGGCCUCCAGACUGGGAUAAACCUCAUUACAGACGACCACAGCAUCGUGUUCCUGUGCGACCUGCACAUCCACUUCCCCAUGUCCAUCAUCGACAGCAUCCGCAAGCACUGCGUGGAGGGCAAGAUCGCCUUCGCCCCCAUCGUCAUGAGACUGGACUGCGGGGCCACCCCACAGGAACCCAAGGGAUUCUGGGAGGUCAACGGCUUCGGCCUGCUGGGGAUCUACAAGUCAGACCUGGACUCUGCCGGAGGGAUGAACACCAAAGACUUCCGGGACCGUUGGGGUGGUGAGGACUGGGAGCUGCUGGACAGGAUCCUGCAGGCCGGGCUGGAAGUGGAACGAAUCUACCUCAGGAACUUCCUGCAUCACUACCACUCCAAAAGGGGCAUGUGGAACAGACAGUCCCUCAGAGCCACGUAGCCAAGAUGACAGAUGCGCUGUGCCGUCGCACAGGGGCAUGUUCAUAACCCCGCCCUCCCUGGCACUAUUCACCUAUCACUGUCGUGGGUGGAUGAAAAGGCGGGGCUGAGGGGGAUUCUGGACUCAGGUCAUAGGGAGGCCCCUCUGUCACUCAAGCUCUUCGUGGUCAAGGCUAGGUGACACCCGUAGACUAUGAUCUUAAGUUUCUGACUAGUUCUUACAUUGGACUGUGGUGUAACGUAAAGGGAUAUUUUAUGGAACUGGUUUCAAAACGAGAAAAUACUACUGAUUUUGUGAUUUUUUUUUUUUUUUUUUAAAUUGGCUGGGACUAGGGCAAAAAUGUUUGUCAAAUAAGGAAUAACAGUCACUGUGAAAAGACAAUCACAGUUAUUAAGUUGAAAGUAACUAACGACCAACUUUUGCCUUCAGUUAAUAAUAAUAAUAAUAAUAAUGUUGAACGUCUAACGCUGGGUAUGUUGAAGUAGAUGUCUGGUUCUUAUCUGUAGAAAUGACUGUGUACGAGGAUGCCAGGGGGAUGUAAAUGCUCUUACACAGGUAGACAUCUCUGAUUAUGGUACGAAGGAGAACAUGUUGCUUGCUGGUUUUGGAGAGAUGGCUUGUAUGUGAACACAAAGUGCUGUUUCUUAUAGUGGUAUUUAUGCAUUCAUCUGGUUGAAAUCCUGAGCUUUGAAGCUAAAUGCAUGUCAGUGCUUGGUUCCCGGUCACAUAGACUUCAGGUCUUGCACACGGACUUGGAAAUGCAUCCAUUUUCCGGAGACCUUUUUUCCACCAUACCUGUCUCGCUGCACACAGGAUGGGUCAGAGUGUAUGAAUUCCGAGGACAGACCUCCUCCGUCUCAAGCAGACAUCGUGGAGUCCCCAAACACUACCAGGCGGUCAUGAGAAAGGAUGGUGAUUUUGAAAGCAGAGGUUUUCAAUCCACUCACCAGACAGUCAUACGGUGCAUGAUCAAUAUAUUAUAUAAAACAUAAUACCUACUGUUACUGUCCCAGUUGCUGUUUUGUGCAAGGUUGCCAUUCUCCAGCCACUCAUGUUCCCCUUUGCAGCAUGUGGGUUGGGACAUAUCUCCAUGCUGACUGGUACACAGGCUAAGAACCACUA